CUGAACGUCUGGAUCGACUGACACACGCAAUCAUGGACAGAUCACUGGACCUCUGAGUGCAAUCUUCCUCUUCCUCUUUCUCCUCCUCCUUCCUCCUCCUCCUCUUCCUCCUCCUUCCUCCUCCUCCUCCUCCUCCUUCCUCCUUUUCCUCCUCCUCCUCUUCCCAUUGAAGGUCCCACCUGGUUGCCAGAAAAUCAGUAAGACAGAAAGACAGAUCAACAAGAGGUUACAAAAAAACAGAGGUUCCAGCAAACCACUCUGGUCUUUUAUUUCAUUUGGUAACCAUGACGACCACUCUUUCCCCCUCCUUAUAUGGGCACCUGGUGAACCCCAAAGUCCCCCUGCCAUCAUCGUUGAUGCUUCUGCUGCUGAUACAACUAUUUAGUUGGUGCCCGGCUGCUCCCUCAGGGCCUGAGUCAGACACCUGCUCCACUCUGAUUCAGAGCCGAUUCUUCGGCCACUUCCUGUCCUCCUCCACUUUCCCCACGGCACCCUGCUCCUGGACCCUGCAGAACCCCGACCCGCGCCGCUACACCAUCUUUAUCAAGGUAACCAAACCUACCUCCACAACGGACUGCAUUCCCCGGCAGCUCCGCACAUUCCAGUUUGACUCAUUUCUGGAGACCACGCGCACCUACCUGGGCAUGGAGAGCUUCGACGAGGUGGUCAAGCUGUGUGACUCUUCAUCCCCUGUGGCCUUUCUGGAGGCUGGGAAACAGUUCCUACAAAUGAGGAAAGGGCCGCCCCGGGCCGGCGUGACGGUCACCACCCCUAACGCUAGCGAAGAUGGGGAAUUUAAGACAGAGUACCUGGUGGUGGGGAAGCGUAACCCCAGCAUGGCAGCGUGUCAGAUGCUGUGCCAGUGGCUGGAGGACUGCCUGGCAUCCAGCACCUCUAACAGGCCCUGUGGCAUCAUGCAGACCCCCUGCCAGUGCUGGGAGCCCCCUCCUCCUCCACAGCUCAGCGAGGGGGAUGGAUGCUACAGGAACGGGUUCUACCUGGAGAACUGCCUACCCAGCUCCAAUGAGAAGAGUGAUACUGACAGCAACGGUGGCUGGAGUGUGUGGGCGGAGUGGAAGGAGUGCAGCAGUGACUGUGGUGGUGGCGUUCAGACCCGGAGCCGUACCUGUCAAUCUCCCCCGGAGGAGAUGUGUGAGGGAGUAGUGGAGGAGGGAAGACCCUGUAACCCUCAGCCCUGCAGUGGCAAAGGCCGUCAUCUCUCUCGCAGCCAAUCACUUCGCUCCGUGGACAGCCGCAAGCGCGAUGGCGGCGGUGGCGAGGUAGACAAGACGCGGGGCGGUGGCGGCGGACAGCAGGCCCCACAGACAGUGGACCAGGCUGCGUCAGGUGAGGAGUGGUCAUCGUGGAGUGUGUGUUCGGCCACGUGCGGUGAGGGCUGGCAGAGCCGCACGCGUUUCUGUGUCUCCUCCUCCUACAGCACCCAGUGCAGCGGCACGCUCCGAGAGCAGAGGCCCUGCAACAACUCUGCCAUCUGUCCAGUGCACGGGACUUGGGACGAGUGGUCGCCAUGGAGCUUGUGUUCGUCAACCUGCGGCCGUGGUUACCGGGAUCGCACACGAAGUUGCAAGCCCCCUCAGUUUGGGGGAGACCCCUGUAUGGGGCCGGAGAAACAGACCAAGUUCUGCAACAUCGCUGUCUGCCCAGUUGAUGGAGUGUGGAAUGAGUGGGCUAAUUGGGGUUCAUGCUCUGCGUCCUGCUCCAACGGGACCAUGCAGCGCAUCAGGGAGUGUAACGGACCUUCGUACGGAGGAUCAGAGUGUCGCGGGGAGUGGAUAGAGACCAGAGACUGCUUCCUACGGGAGUGCCCAGUGGAGGGGAAGUGGCAUCCUUGGACGUCGUGGGUGGGCUGCACCAAGACAUGUGGCGGGGGGAGCCAACAGAGACAGAGGAUUUGCUAUGGGCCCUUCUUUGGGGGUGAAAAUUGUCCUGGAGAUCGGGAGGAGGUGCGACGCUGCAAUGAGAAGCGGUGUCCAGAGCCUCAUGAGAUCUGUGCAGAAGAGAACUUCUCCAACGUAGUGUGGAAAAUGACUCCAGCAGGGGACACUGCGGCCGUACGCUGCCCUCCCAAUGCCAAUGGGCUGAUCCUGAGGCGGUGCACUCUGGAUGACGAGGGAAUAGCCUACUGGGAGAACCCCACUUAUAUGAAGUGUAUCUCCAAUGACUACCGCAGCAUCCAAACACUGACUCGGGAACACCUGUCCAAGGCCCAGCGGGGGCUUGUGGGGGAUGGAGUUUCAGAGGUGAUGACCAAGCUCAGGGUGACGUCCAGCGAUGGGACCAGCUACAGUGGAGACUUGCUGGCCAUAGUGGACGUACUGAAGAACAUGACAGAGAUCUUCAGAAGGGCCUACAACAGCCCCAGCAAUGCAGACAUGAGAAACUUUGUCCAGUCAGUCAGUAACCUGCUGAUGGAGGAGAACAGAGAGAGAUGGGAAGAAGCACAACUGUUGGGUCCUAACAUCAAGGAGCUGUUCCGGUUGGUGGAAGACUUUGUGGACGUUUACGGUCUUAGGAUGAAAGACUUCCAGGACAUGGUUGAGGUCACCGAUAACUUAGUUCUGUCCAUCCACAAGCGUCCGGUGGCAGGUAAUGCAGACAUCAGCUUCCCUAUGAAGGGCUGGAAGGGGAUGAUGGACUGGGCCCGCAGCUCUGAGGACAGAGUUACUGUCUCCAAGAACAUCCUCUCCACAGGCAAGCCAGAUGCAGAUGACUUGUCAGCGUUUGUCACCGGGAUCGUUCUCUACAGAAACCUGGGCAGCAUCCUAUCUUUACAGAGAAACAGCACCGUGCUCAACUCCAAGGUGGUGUCUGUGACCAUCAAGCCCACCCCAGGAUCCCUCUCUACCCCGGUGGAGGUCCAGUUCUCACACCUUUACAACGGCACCACAAACCAGACCUGCAUCUCCUGGGACGAGAGUGACACCUCAUCGCUGCUCGGAUCGUGGUCUGCCAGGGGCUGCAGAGCCGUGCCUAUCGACUCAUUCAGCACCAAAUGCGUGUGUGACAGACUCUCUACCUUCGCCAUUUUAGCACGGCUAAAUCCUGACAUGAACAUGGAUAAAAUGCAGCUUCCCUCUGUGACGCUGAUGGUGGGCUGUGGAGUCUCCUCUCUCACCUUGCUGCUCCUCAUCAUCAUCUAUGUGUCGGUCUGGAGGUACAUUCGCUCCGAGCGCUCCGUCAUCCUCAUCAACUUCUGCCUCUCCAUCAUCUCCUCCAACGCCCUCAUCCUCAUUGGUCAGACGCAGACACGGAACAAGGUGAUCUGCACGUUGGUCGCUGCUUUCCUGCAUUUCUUCUUCCUGUCGUCGUUCUGUUGGGUUCUGACAGAGGCGUGGCAGUCAUACAUGGCCGUGACUGGCCGGCUUAGGAACCGCAUCAUCCGCAAGCGAUUCCUGUGUCUGGGCUGGGGUCUACCUGCUCUGGUUGUGGCAGUCUCUGUGGGUUUCACCAAAGCUAAGGGAUAUGGCACCGUCAACUACUGCUGGCUGUCUCUGGAAGGUGGUCUGCUUUAUGCGUUUGUGGGACCGGCUGCCGCUGUAGUCUUGGUUAACAUGGUUAUCGGGAUUCUCGUAUUUAACAAACUGGUGUCCAAAGACGGCAUUACUGAUAUGAAACUGAAGGAGAGGGCAGGUCAGAUGACAGUACCACUGUACAAUAUGACGCUCAAAUGUGCCAAGUGCGGAGUUAUCUCGUCGGCUGACGUUUCUACCACAGCUACCAGUAACGCCAUGGCGUCGCUGUGGAGCUCCUGUGUGGUUCUGCCUCUCCUGGCCCUCACCUGGAUGUCUGCUGUCCUGGCCAUCACCGACCGACGCUCCUCCCUCUUCCAGAUCUUGUUCGCUGUGUUUGAUUCGCUGGAAGGCUUCGUCAUCGUCAUGGUGCAUUGCAUCCUGCGCAGAGAGGUUCAAGAGGCAGUGAAGUGUCGGGUAGUGGACCGCCAGGAGGACGGGAAUGGAGACUCAGGGGGAUCUUUCCAGAACGGACACGCUCAGCUUAUGACUGAUUUCGAGAAAGACGUCGACAUGGCUUGCAGAGGAGGUACUCUGAAGCGUUCCUCUCUCCAGGGUGAUGAGAAGCCAUCCUCCCAGCCCCUGACCCUUCAGAAGGGCUCUAACUUCAACACCAUGCCUGCCAGCAUGGCCAAGGUCCACCUCCAGAAUGUGGCAGACUACCCCAGUCAUACUCUCACCCUGCGCAGGGAGAAGGGUGGCGCCACCAAGGGCAUCAGCACCGAGCUGCCGGGAGCCAAGUCCAUCUACAUCUGUGACGGGGAGCUCUUUAAACAGCUGGAUGGGGAGCUGUCUCCACGGGGGACAGGGGAGGCCGGGGGGCCUGAGGGCACAGGGUACAUCAUCCUGCCUAACAACAACAACACUGGCACCCUGGGGCGGCCCGGAAAGGGCAGCAAGGAGGACACGACGGCCAAGUACAACAUCAGCAUCGAGCAGCAGAUGCCCCAGACCAGGCUCAUCCACCUGGCCAACUCGGCGGGGUUGGAGGGCGUCCCGGGUUUCGCGCUGAAGAGCCUGCCUGCAGACCUGGUCAGUGUCUCCUGCUCGGAGAGGGAGUCGCCCGUCCACAACAUGCAGAACGUCUCCGGAGAAUCCCACAUGACCAACAGCAUGUGUGAACAGGGUGAUUCUGGGAACUCUGGAAUGAUGUCCAAGAGCGAGACCGUGUCCACACUCUCCAUGAGCUCCCUGGAGAGACGAAAAUCCCGCUACGCGGAGCUGGAUUUUGAGAAGAUCAUGCACACACGGAAGCGUCACCAGGACAUGUUCCAGGACCUGAACAGGAAGAUCCACAGUGCAGACCAGGACAGGGCGUCUCCGCCUGGCGAUGGGAAGGCAGGGAAGAGGUGGAGUGUGUCCUCAGCAGGCAGCGACAAGACCAUCAUGAGUGACAAGCAGCAGACACCCAGUAAGAGAGCCUGGGAGGGCAUCAGGAAGACCCAAUCUCCCCCGUCGUGGAUGAGGAAGGACCUGGAGCCCUUGGCUGCCUCUCCCCUGGAGCUGCAGAACGUGGAGUGGGAGAAGGCCAGCGCCACCAUCCCUCUGGUGGGACAGGAGCUCAUGGACCUGCAGACAGAGGUGUGAGACUGAGACAGAGAGACAGACGGAGAGAGAGACAGAGAGCAGCCAACCCCGUCUCCCAGCCCAGCUCUCAGACAGACAGACUUCGUCCCUUCUCGCAGCUCCACAUCUCAAUCUGGGAACCAACGACCAACGAUCAAUGACCAACGAAACGGGCAGUGGUGAGAGAGAGAGAGAGAGAGAGAGAGAGAGAGAGAGAGAGAGCUCCUUUAUGUUAGGACCCAACUAAGAGAGAGAGAAGGGAAGAGAGAAGGGACAAUUGCCUGUUAAAUGGGGGGGAAGAGAACAGGUUUGCGGUGCAUUUUGUUAUAUUUUCUUAUUGCUGCUGGAAUCAGUUUUUUGUUUACUAUGUCAGACAGUCAUAUAUCUGGUCUGUUAUUAUCCACAUUAUUACUUCACUGGACACAUACUUGAGUCCCUCUCUCCUCCUGGUAGAUCUCUGUGGAUGGUGAGCCAUGUUUGGUAUUUGGGUGGUGUUGGUAGUGUAGGUUAAAAGGACAGACUGCAACUGCCUAUGGACUCACUUCACCAGCCUGCUAACAGAUCACCUGGACCAGCCAUACAGUUCAUGUUCCAACCAAGCCUUUAGGCAAUGGACCUGGUCUGGGCAAGACCUUCACCCAACAUACAGUACAUGUUCCAACCAAGCCUUUAGGCAAUGGACCUGGUCUGGGCAAGACCUUCACCCAACAUACAGUACAUGUUCCAACCAAACGACAUGUCCAGUACAUGUCCCAAACACGCCUAGGCAGUGGAGGAGGCAGACUGCUGGACCAUAACCAUGUGCCUCUCCAUGCCAACUAAGAGCCCCCCCCCCCCCCCACCCUCCACUGCACUGUCCCCACCCCCUUGACAGGAAGGGAGCAGACCGAUGACAUCACAGUCAGCCAAAGGGUGGAAAAGCCUCCUAUUGGUGGGGGCCAUAGUGACAUCAGCAUAGACCAACAAGGAUGAGAUAUCUCAUUUGCGGAUGCCCUUAAUGACAUCACAGAAAGCCGAGGUGGCCAUAUCUCGUUGGUGGAAACUUCUAUGACCUCAGCAGAAGCCAAGGAGACAGUGUUUUGAUUGGUUGAUUGGUUGAUUGGUGUACAAGCAGGCUUGGUACAUUUGUGGCAAAUAUAAUUCUGCUUGUUUGGUAAAUGCAGGUGGUAAAAAAUGAAGGAUACUCAUGUCACAAAGUAUAUAAAGAAUUAUGCUUAAUAAUGACAAUGGAAAUGAAUAAAUAUAAAAAUAUAUAUGAUAAAUACUGUAUAGGACAUGACAGAGGUUGUGACUCUGCAGUAUGGGGUUAGGAUUAGUUGCACACAGAGAAAGCACAAGGCUCUUUUGGAGUCCUGUUGUACAGCAAUGUCAUUAUUUCAACAGAGUUCUACAGAAUGAAUUUUAGCCUAUAAAUAUCUUUCUUACUGUGCUUGGGGAUUAUUGUUCUCAUUAUUAUAAUUAUGACCAUGAUUAUUCAGAUUACAUCUGUGUCCGAAAUGGCACCCUAUUCCCUAUGUAGUGCACUGCUUUUGACCAGGUCAAAUGACAGGAAUUAACACCAGGUUAAAAGUAGUGCGUUAUAUAGGGAAUAGGGUGCCAUUUCGACACAUCUUACGAUUCCCCUCCCAUCCUUUUCAGGGUACUGGAAUAUGAGUGUUCUGUAACUCCAUGUAACAGUGUGUGUUUUGGUAUCACUGACUGUCACUCCUUCCUCAGAUCUGUACGUGUCUGACAUGAACCCUGGCCUCUGUCCCCUGACCUUUAACCUCCACCGCCCCUCCACCUUUUUAGUUCACAGGGGUUGACUCUUUGUUAAUGUACAGUUUUCAGAGCACAAAAUGAAUGUGUCACAUUUCUAAUAAAAGUAUAUCUAUA